AUCUUUCUAGAGGUAUAAUAACAUUUGGUUAUUAUAGAAAAAUAAAACAGUUGUAAUUUUACAAUCUAACAUUUUGUCUGGUGAAAUUCUUUAUUCAGACACAGAAGCGCUCAUCCUCAGUCUUUAACAUCUCUUAUCUGAAUCCCAGUUUUAUUUUAAAUCUCUAAAAUAUAUUAAAACAUGUGAAGAGCUGUGAAAUAUUAAUCGAAUCAUUCAUGCCUGUUAAUUCUAAAACAUGAACUUCCUUGUUUUUGGUGUUUUUAGUUUUACUUCAUGUUCAUUAAAUGACAUAGACUGUUAUUUAUAGAUUUGCACAUUGCCAUGCUAGUUUGGAAAUGUUUUGGUAAAUAAAGUUUAAAAAAUAAAAAGUGGGAUCAAAUCCUGGGUGUAAAGGAGAUGUUGAUGAGGUCAGAGGUCAAACCGGGUUAGAACCCGACCGAAACCGCAGCUGGAAGUCAUCUGACCGCAGGGAUCGAACCAAAACUGCAGACUGGACCCAAACUGUUCCGCCGGUCCAAAACCUCGGAGUGAUUCAUCUCCUCUCAGAGCAGCUGUGACUCUGUGCGUCAUGACGUCAGCGACAGAGCGUCAGCUGCCCUGCUUCUGGCGUGCAGCGUUCAGAAUAAAGCGCCUCUCUGUCAGCUGUUCUGGGUCUCGGGUCCGGACGAACUUCCAGCGGGGUUCUGAGUCCAGGAUGUCGACGACGUCUCAGAAACACCGCAACUUUGUAUCGGAGCCGAUGGCGGACAAACCGGUCACGGCGCUGGCCGGGAUCGGAGACAGACUGGGCCACAGCCUGACGGAGCAGGGCUACGAUAAGGCCUACGUGGUUCUGGGUCAGUUCCUGCUGCUGAGGAAAGACACGGAGCUGUUCUGCUAUUGGCUGAAGGACGUCACGGCAGCCAAUAGCAAGCAGGCUGAUGACUGCGCCCAGUGCCUGAAGGAGUGGUGCGACGCCUUCCUGUGAGGACGCCGCGCCCAUCACACAGAGGCCCCGCCCCUCCAGAGGCCCCGCCCCUCCAGUUCCCGCCCUGCGUUGCUGUUCUGAGCUGCCAGAUUUUCUCCUCUUUAUUCUGUAAAAGUUUGUCAUUAAAUCUUUUUGCCCAGA